AUGGAGGGAAAGACUCAGGGAUACCAGCAACUACAGGCUGCAAAGCCUAGUGUCUCUGUCAAUCCGACGGCAAAGAAGCCGGUUGCCUCGUGGGUUCACCUGCUGGCAGGCGCGAGCGGCGGCUUCGCAACUGCGAUUGUAACAUCGCCCCUCGAUGUCUUGAGAACGCGCCUUCAAUCCGACUUUUAUCAAACCCAGAGCAACUCCACACCCCAACCGCAUCGCGGAUCAAAUCAUAAAACGAUACGAAUCAUAAGCUCGAUAUACCGCGCCGAAGGCUGGCGCGCCUUCUUCCGAGGUCUCGGACCGAGUGUCGCAGGCGUGGUCCCCGCAACGGCCAUCAAAUUUUACGUCUACGGCAACUGCAAACACAUUAGCGCCAAGCUUUUGGGUCGAGCGGAAGACUCUCCCCUUGUGCACGCUCAGGCAGCCAUCUGCGCCGGCCUUGCAACUUCAUCUGCGACCAAUCCGAUCUGGUUGAUCAAGACAAGACUCCAGCUCGAUAAGACAAAAACACAUGCCAGCGGGUCUUCGACUCGCCAAUACCGCAACAGCAUAGACUGCAUCAGACAAACUUUGCGCAAUGAGGGAAUACGCGGUUUCUAUCGGGGAAUGAGCGCAAGCUAUCUUGGCUCGGUUGAGACGGCGCUACACCUGGUGCUCUAUGAGCGUCUGAAGGUCGGCCUUCGUGACACAUUGAAGCCUUCUGAUGGUAAUUCAACUCCUCUUUGGACUGAGAUAUCACAUUGGAUUAGCACCAGUGGCGCCGCUAGCUCUGCAAAAUUAAUUGCGGGCUUGACCACUUACCCCCACGAGGUCAUUCGAACCAGACUGCGCCAGGCUCCUAUCGAGAAUGGCCGGGCCAAGUACACCGGUUUAUUGCAAUGUUUCCGAACCGUCGCCAAGGAAGAAGGCAUGGCGGGCUUAUACGGAGGCCUUGCGCCUCAUAUGCUGCGGUCCUUACCAUCGGCCAUCAUCACUCUUGGCGUCUAUGAAUUCGUCUUGAGGAUCACUGGGAGCUAG